UUUGUUUAUGAAAUGGAUUGAAAUGAGGUAUCUUCCUCACUUCUGCCUGCUCAGCUACCGGUGUGAGAUGAGUCCAUGUCCCCGCUUCCUACCAGUGACCUCCACAACCUUAUUGCCACAGACAAAUUGUAGAUGAGCAAAAUGAAGAAUAUAGGUCAUUCAUGAAAAUGAAAACACCACUACUACAAAUCCUGCUUCUACAAUGACAUGACCCAAGGGAAUGGGGGAGAGAUUAACAGGAGAACUAGAGCUGGUGGGAGGACCCGUUCGUUCUUCCCUGGGCUACAAGAAGGCAGAGGAUGAGAUGUCCCGGGCCACGUCUGUUGGAGACCAGCUGGAGGCAACGGCCCGCACCAUUUACCUCAACCAACCGCAUCUCAACAAAUUCCGCGACAACCAGAUCAGUACGGCCAAGUACAGCGUGUUGACUUUUCUACCUCGAUUCUUGUAUGAGCAGAUUAGAAGAGCUGCUAAUGCCUUCUUCCUCUUCAUUGCCUUAUUACAGCAAAUUCCAGACGUAUCUCCAACAGGAAGAUAUACCACCCUGGUGCCAUUGAUCAUUAUUCUAACAAUUGCAGGCAUCAAAGAGAUCGUAGAAGAUUUUAAGCGACAUAAGGCAGACAAUGCAGUUAACAAAAAGAAAACAAUAGUGCUAAGAAAUGGUAUGUGGCAUACCAUUAUGUGGAAAGAGGUGGCAGUGGGUGAUGUCGUGAAGGUCGUCAAUGGGCAGUAUCUCCCGGCAGACAUGGUCCUGCUCUCCACCAGUGAACCUCAGGCAAUGUGUUAUGUUGAAACAGCUAAUCUAGAUGGGGAGACAAACCUCAAAAUACGUCAGGGUUUGAGUCACACCGCUGACAUGCAAACACGGGAAGUAUUGAUGAAGUUAUCUGGAACCAUAGAAUGUGAAGGGCCCAAUCGUCACCUCUAUGACUUCACCGGAAACCUGAACUUGGAUGGGAAAAGCCCUGUUUCCCUUGGGCCUGACCAGGUCUUGCUAAGAGGUACACAGCUUAGAAAUACUCAGUGGAUCUUUGGCAUAGUUGUUUACACUGGACACGACACCAAACUCAUGCAGAAUUCAACAAAAGCCCCUCUCAAGAGAUCAAAUGUGGAGAAAGUGACCAACGUGCAGAUCUUGGUGCUGUUUGGCAUCCUCUUGGUUAUGGCCUUGGUGAGCUCAGUGGGGGCCCUGUACUGGAACAGGUCUCAAGGUGGAAAGAACUGGUACAUCAAGAAGAUGGAUACAAACUCGGAUAAUUUCGGAUACAACCUGUUGACAUUCAUCAUCUUGUACAACAAUCUUAUUCCCAUCAGUCUGUUGGUGACCCUAGAGGUUGUGAAAUACACUCAAGCCCUUUUUAUAAACUGGGACACAGAUAUGUAUUAUCUAGGAAAUGACACUCCCGCAAUGGCCAGGACAUCAAAUCUUAAUGAAGAACUUGGGCAGGUAAAAUAUCUAUUUUCUGAUAAGACUGGAACUCUUACAUGCAAUAUCAUGAACUUCAAGAAGUGCAGCAUUGCAGGGGUAACCUAUGGUCAUUUCCCAGAAUUGACGAGAGAACCAUCCUCCGAUGAUUUUUGUCGGAUGCCUCCUCCCCCUAGUGAUUCAUGUGACUUCAAUGACCCCCGACUGUUGAAGAACAUUGAGGAUCACCAUCCCACAGCUCCUUGCAUUCAGGAGUUCCUCACCCUCCUGGCCGUGUGUCACACUGUGGUUCCUGAGAGGGAUGGAGACAACAUCAUCUACCAGGCCUCCUCGCCAGAUGAAGCGGCUUUGGUAAAAGGAGCCAAAAAGCUGGGCUUUGUCUUCACAGCCAGAACGCCAUACUCUGUCAUCAUAGAAGCAAUGGGUCAAGAACAGACAUUUGGAAUCCUUAAUGUUCUGGAGUUUUCUAGCGACAGAAAAAGAAUGUCUGUAAUUGUUCGAACUCCUUCAGGACAACUGCGACUGUACUGCAAAGGGGCUGAUAAUGUAAUUUUUGAGAGACUUUCAAAAGACUCAAAAUAUAUGGAGGAAACAUUAUGCCAUCUGGAAUAUUUUGCCACGGAAGGCUUGCGGACUCUCUGUGUGGCCUAUGCUGACCUCUCUGAAAAUGAAUAUGAGGAGUGGCUGAAAGUCUAUCAGGAAGCCAGCACCAUAUUGAAAGACAGAACUCAGCGGUUGGAAGAAUGUUAUGAGAUCAUUGAGAAGAAUUUACUGUUGCUUGGAGCCACGGCCAUAGAAGAUCGCCUUCAGGCAGGGGUUCCAGAAACCAUAGCAACUCUGUUGAAGGCAGAAAUUAAAAUAUGGGUGUUGACAGGAGACAAACAAGAAACCGCGAUUAAUAUAGGAUAUUCCUGCCGAUUGGUAUCACAGAAUAUGGCCCUUAUCUUACUGAAGGAGGACUCUCUGGAUGCAACAAGGGCAGCCAUUACUCAGCACUGCACAGACCUUGGAAAUCUGUUGGGCAAAGAAAACGAUGUUGCCCUCAUCAUUGAUGGCCACACCCUGAAGUACGCACUCUCCUUCGAAGUCCGGAGAAGCUUCUUAGAUUUGGCACUGUCGUGUAAAGCAGUCAUCUGUUGCAGAGUGUCCCCUCUGCAGAAGUCUGAGAUAGUGGACGUGGUGAAGAAGCGGGUGAAGGCCAUCACCCUCGCCAUUGGAGACGGUGCCAAUGAUGUGGGGAUGAUCCAGACGGCCCACGUUGGGGUGGGAAUCAGUGGUAACGAGGGCAUGCAGGCCACCAACAACUCGGAUUAUGCCAUUGCACAGUUUUCCUACUUGGAGAAGCUUCUGUUGGUUCAUGGAGCCUGGAGCUACAACCGUGUCACCAAGUGCAUAUUGUACUGCUUCUACAAGAAUGUGGUCCUGUACAUUAUCGAGCUUUGGUUCGCCUUUGUUAAUGGAUUUUCUGGGCAGAUUUUAUUUGAACGUUGGUGCAUCGGCUUGUACAAUGUGAUUUUCACUGCAUUGCCGCCCUUCACUCUGGGAAUCUUCGAGAGGUCUUGCACCCAGGAGAGCAUGCUCAAGUUUCCACAACUCUACAAAAUCACACAGAAUGCAGAAGGCUUCAACACAAAGGUUUUCUGGGGUCACUGCAUCAACGCCUUGGUCCACUCCCUCAUCCUCUUCUGGUUUCCCAUGAAAGCGCUGGAGCAUGAUACCGCAUUGGCCAGUGGCCACGCCACAGAUUAUUUAUUUGUUGGAAAUAUUGUUUACACAUAUGUUGUUGUUACUGUUUGUCUGAAAGCUGGUUUGGAGACUACAGCUUGGACUAAAUUCAGUCAUCUGGCUGUCUGGGGAAGCAUGCUGAUCUGGCUGGUGUUUUUUGGCAUCUACUCAACCAUCUGGCCCACCAUUCCCAUUGCUCCAGAUAUGAAAGGACAGGCAACUAUGGUCCUGAGCUCUGCACACUUCUGGCUGGGAUUGUUCCUAGUUCCUACUGCGUGUUUGAUAGAAGAUGUGGCAUGGAGAGCGGCAAAGCACACCUGCAAAAAGACCUUGCUGGAGGAGGUGCAGGAGCUGGAAACCAAGUCCAGAGUGAUGGGAAAAGCGAUGCUGCGGGAUAGCAACGGCAAGAGGAUGAACGAGCGGGACCGGCUGAUAAAGAGGCUGAGCAGAAAGACGCCUCCAACCCUCUUCCGAGGCAGCUCCAUCCAGCAGUCUGUCCCCCAUGGGUAUGCCUUUUCUCAGGAAGAGCAUGGAGCUGUGACUCAGGAAGAAAUCGUCCGUGCUUACGACACCACCAAAAAGAAAUCAAGGAAGAAGUAGGAUUCGCGUUUUCUCUGCUGGAUCCUAAGAAAGAGAUUUGGUUUGUCACACCCAGUGUUAACACAUCUUUGUCAGAAGAGACUGGCAUCAGCAGCCAAAACACCGGAAAACACAUCUUUGUGGCCUUAGCCAACCAGUUUGUUAGUUAUAUAUCCCCUCGCCAGCCCCAAGUGUAGACCGCAGGGGAAGCCAUUUUCUCCCUCCCAGUUUGUCUGCAGUGCUUGGCCUAACUUUUGUUUACGUUGUUAUGAAGCAUUCAACUGUGCUCUGUGAGGUGUGAAAUUAAAAACAUUAUGUUUCACCAAUAUUUAAACAUCAGUACAAGUUGUUCUGGGAGAAAGGGAAAGGAGUUUCAUGUUGUGUGAGAGACCCAUCUUGUGUAAUUGGAGUGGGUGUACUUACUUCCUGUUUGGUUAACUCACAGAUGAAGUCCAAAGAGCAGCAUGCAAAUUUCACUUUAGGCAGGUUGCUAUCUUGCUUUAAUUCCUGUUUUGUAUGAAAUUGGCAUAAACUUCUUGAUUGCAGUGAAAUCACAAAAAUCUCUUAACUGGAUGGUAAACCUGAGAAUGUGUAUUUGCACCUCAUAGCAACAUUCUCAGCAGAGCGAAUCAGUCAAUGAGCUGACAGGGUCUUCUGCACCCUUUCCAGGUGCCAUCCAGCCAGGCCCUCCCAUCGCUGUCCAGAUGUCCUUCGUCUUCAGACCUUCCGCAUGGCUGUGCUCAGUGCAUGGCGGCUGGUGGGCAACCAACCCAGAUCUGCACUUCUCCUUGCUCCACUGCAGAUUCAGAUAUGGAUGCAAGAAAUAUCUUUUACAGUCCUUUUCAUUCAGUAACUAAAGAAACAUAGCUAUCCUGCAUAUAUUCUAAAUGUUUAUCUGCCUCUUUCUGACAAUGGAACCCCUGUGGUUCUGGAUGUCACUCCCUGCCCUGGUCAGCUCCAAGUACUAUUUCUCAGCCUCCAGACCACUGAGCCUUUGGUAUCUGCUUCAGUUAGAACCGAUGUUUGUUUUCUUGAAGGCUCAGGGCACUUUCUGGAUUUUCACUGUCAGGAAAAGAAUGAAUUUAUAACAUAUCUAUGCAGUGAGGAAGCACGUCUUGUACUCUAGUUCUAGAACCAGAGCAUGGGUAAGCCCAGAAGGGAGACUGUAGGGAGAUAACAGACAGUGAGGGUGGUGAAGAAGAUGACCGCAGAAGUCCUCAGAAGAAAGGAGGAGAAAUUGGGAGAAGGACACAGAAGAUGUUUUCUUCCAGAUCUCCUAGUAGAAAGUCUGAAAUCAAGCCCUGAGGCCCAGACAGUUGUUAUUAUCUGCUUCAAGUGUACGGGAGCCUAAAUAAGACCUCGACACGCAGUUUUAAUUGAAUCCGAAACCUUUCCAUGAAAUUCUCCUUUUUAAUAGUAGUGGGUUUCCUUUCUCUAUCCUAUCAGUGUUCGAUGCAGGUACCUUUUAGAAUAAGGAGUAUCUUGAAUUCUUAGACCAGGCAGGGAAGUGCUGAGUCACUGAAUUUCCCAAGGACAGACUUCCACAUUCUAAAUUCAGACAGAACCUGGAUGCCCUCAGGCAUGAAAGUGAGCACCUGCAGCCCUUAAGAAGUGACUGGCCUGGAGGCACAUUCUCUCCUCUUGGCUUUGGGUGCCAACCCAGAUUUUUGGAUGGUUUAAAGUUAAUAGUUCUGGGCAGCUGUUACUGGUUAAAAUGGCACAGUUCCUCUGGGGAUGGUGGUGGUAAAUUCGGAAAUAAAACAAUAGUGCACUUUG